CAUGUCGAACGCGACGUGGUUAUCCGAUGCAACAUCGGACUGUAAUCUUCAAGCGUUUGGUCCAGCUAGCUGCGAUGGCAGCUUCGACUUCACGCUGUUCUUCGAACAAGCAAUCCUGUCGAUCGUUCCUUCCGUCAUCUUUCUGUGUUGUCUUCCUAUUAGCCUCAUCAAGCUGUAUCGAGCCGCACCCAGAUUCAUCGCGUCCACCAUCAGAAAUUCAAAGCUGACUCCAGCAACACUUCCAGCUCUGUGUCUUGGGCUGAUCGUCUCUCUGGCCAUAGUCUUCCUCUCCACAGUAUCGCACACACGAUCGAUCCGGCCGUCUUCACUCCUGGGCGUAUAUCUAAUAUUCUCAUCUAUCUUCGAUGCGACUCAGGUGCGCACACUGUUUCUGAACCAUUUUGGCAAAGUAACACCGAGCUUCAUAUGCCUAUCGAUCGCUCUCAAACUGUCCUUGUUGGUGUGCGAAUCUUGGAAUAAGAGAUCAUGGCUGCCUCCAGCAGAUCAAACACUACCGCCAGAGUCAACGAGCUCCAUCAUGAGCAGAAGUUUCCUGUGGUGGCUGAAUCCUCUCUUUGCGAGUGGUAUGCGGACUCUUCUGGACCAAGACCAGUUAUACGCCAUUGAUCCACAGUUGCGAUCUCGGAAAACUGGCCAAAAAUUAGAGGCAGCGCUCGACAAGAAAUCCAAAAGACUUCAGGGCCGCUCCAAAUCAUCUAUGGCUCCUCUGUCCGUAUGGGCUCUGCCUAAAGCUUGCUUUCGCGCGAUUUGGACAGAUAUCACGGCUAUGAUACCAACGAGACUCGUUCUGAUUGGCUUCACAUUCGCUCAACCCUUUCUCUUUACUCGCGCCAUUGACUACCUUAGCCAGCAUAACCAUGACUCAAACGACAAUAUUGGAUACGGGCUUAUCGGUGCCACCUUUAUAAUCUAUACUGGAAUAGCUAUCUCAAACGCUCUUUACCAGCAGCAAGUCUCUCGCAUUAUGACUAAACUCAGAGGCGCCCUGGUUUCAAUGAUCUAUGACCACAUCCUUGUCGUAUCCGAUGGUAUUACCAAGGACGGUGCUGCGCUGACACUGAUAUCGAGCGAUAUUGACACGAUAAUCAGAGUUCUUAGUGAACUCAAUGAGUCCUGGGCUAGAUUGAUCGAAGUCACGGUGGGCAUUGCCCUUCUGGCUCGACAAGUCGGCGCAGUGAGCAUUGUACCCAUAGUCCUUACAGUCAUCUCCACUCAAGCACAAGGCUGGGUGUCUAGAAGAAUUGGAUCGAGGAGAAAGAACUGGAGCGCUGCAACACAGAAACGUGUCAAUACGACGUCCACUGUACUUGGAUCCCUUCAAUCGAUCAAGAUGUCAAGUAACUUGCUCGAUUCGUUGAGGGUCAACGAGCUCCAAAUGUUCGCCUGCUUUGCUCGCUUCAUUAUCGGGCUGAAUGCAAUCGGUUCGUUGGUACUAAUUCGAACAUUCAGAUUGGGCAUUGACAAGAACNNAGCUGUGAUACCAUCGAUAUGGGCACCCGUGACAACAUUCAUAGUCUACGCCAUCAAAGCUCACGUCGACGGCUCGGACGGUUUGAACAUUGCUCAAGCCUUUACUUCUUUGGCACUAUUAGAUCUGGUCACAACCGCUAGCGCGAAGUUGCUGACCAUCAUGCCUUUGUGGGCACAAGCUUUGGGUUGCUUUGAACGGUUACAGCAUUACUUGGAGCUCCCAGUUCGAAACGAUCGUCGAUCUUUCGGUGGCAGACGCCUGUCAAAUGCCAUAAAUAACGAAACUUCAGCACGCGUCAUUGAGAUGUCGCCCCUUACUUCGCAGGGUAUCCGAGCGGGAUCUGCUGUCGUCUGCUCAGAACUGGGAGUGUCUUUGUCGACCGAAGGUCCGAUAAUCUUGAAGGGUGUUUCGCUAGAGGCAAACACACGAUCCCUUACUGUUAUUACAGGUCCAACAGGAUCGGGCAAGACUACUCUGCUGAAGACAGUUCUCGGCGAGACUCAUGUCCUAGGUGGUGGCAUAUCGGUGUCUUCGAAGAGCAUUGCGUACUGCAGUCAGAAGCCUUGGACAACCAACAAGACCACAAGAGAUUUCGUCACAGGGUCAGACCACAGUUCAACAGAUGUCGACGAGUCCUGGUAUAGUAUGGUGAUACACGCUUGCGAUCUUACCCAAGAUGUUGCAAGUAUGCCAGAAGGAGACGAUACUCAACUUGGCAGCAAAGGUGUUUCACUUUCUGGAGGACAGAAAGCCAGGCUUGCACUUGCUCGGGCUGUAUAUGCGCGGAGGGACAUCAUGCUUCUUGACGAUGUCUUGAGUGCACUCGAUGUCAACACUGAGGAGGUGAUUAUCCACCGUCUACUUGGCCCCAGAGGAUUGCUUCGAAAACUCGGAAGUACAGUGCUUUUGGUCUCUCAUUCUCAAAGAGUCAUGGCGAUCUCUGACCAGAUCGUGACCCUUUCGAAAGAUAGCUGCGUUGUACACAGGGGUUCGAUAUCACCCUCUCGUAUCGAGCUUUAUGUGACGACUGAUACAUCUCUCGAAAAGUCCGCCAACGUGAGAGUCACGGAGGUAAGUAAAGCUCGAGCGCCGAAAGGUCCGUCCAAGGAAGAUAAAGACGACUUGGCGAGAAGAACUGGUGACUGGUCGAUAUAUAAGUACUACUUCGGCAACUUCCAGAAGAGAUAUCUGGCCAUGUUCGCCGCUUUCUCCAUUGGUGCUGCCUUCAGUUCUAGAUUUUCUCAAAUCUGGCUGAAUUGGUGGACAGCAAAUGAUGACUCUAACCUAGGUCUGUAUCUCACAGUCUAUGCCGUACUCGCUCUGGCACAAACAUGCUUCAGCAACCUCAACAUGUGGGUCGUCUUCUUGAAGAUGAUUCCUGACUCUGCUAUCAACAUGCAUCGUACUCUUCUGUACACUGUCGCAGGAGCAGCUUCUUCGGUCUACUACCAAAGCGACAGCGGUGCCAUCCUAAACAGAUUUGCCCAAGACAUGGCUCUAGUCGUGGGAGCUUUGCCUACCUCACUGAUUGCAACUGGAAAUACACUAUGUGAGACGAUUGCCUCCUUGGCAGUAAUUUCGACAGGAGCUAGCUACAUGGCCAUUACUGUCCCUUUCGUCAUGCUCGCGAUCUAUGCGAUACAGAAGGUGUAUCUCAAUACGUCACGACAACUGCGUCUGCUCGAAAUCGAGGCUCGCAGUCCUAUCUACUCUCACUUUCUCGAGACACUCGAAGGCGUAGUCACCAUUCGCGCUUUCGGAUGGGAGGAAGAAUUGAAAAANCAGCACUCGAAGUUGUUGGACAUUGCUCAAUCGCCAUACUAUUUGCUGUCUUGCAUACAGCGGUGGUUGAAGCUGGUCCUCGAUCUGAUCGUGGCUGCUCUGGCUGUUCUCGUCGUUGGUUUAGCAGUGUCUCAAAGAGGUACAACUUCGGCAGGCUUGUUAGGCGUGGCCUUGACCAAUGUCCUCGGGUUCAGCCAGUCUCUCACUCGUCUUGUGACCGAAUGGACGACUUUAGAAACAUCAUUGGGCGCUGUUUCUCGAGUGCGAUCNUUUGCCGCUACCAUAGAGCAGGAAGCUUCGUCAGAAAUCAACACGAUAUCGCAAGAUCUGGUGACUAGAGGAGCAGUAGUAUUCUCUGAGGUACACGCAAAAUACACCGAUGCACCUGGUCCUUAUGAUCUGAACGACAUCAACUUUUCAAUCCCUCCAGGCAAAAGAAUUGCAAUCUGUGGUCGCACGGGCAGUGGGAAGUCAAGUCUGAUGCUUGCUUUGCUGCGCCUUCUUCCACUGCGGCAUGGCAGCAUUUCCAUCGAUGGAAAUGACAUCGAACAUGUCCAUCCAGACGUUGUUCGUCAAAGCAUCAUCGCCAUCCCACAACAGCCUUUCCUUCUUCCCGGAACAUUGCGGUCAAUCCUCGAUCCCGAGACCGAACUAAACGACACGAUAUUGACCUCUGCAUUGAGCAAAGUUCACUUACUCGAUCUCUUCAACGAACGUGGUGGUUUGGAUGCAGAUAUCGAUCAACAGAGUUUGAGUCACGGUCAAGCGCAACUACUCUGCUUAGCACGAGCUCUAUUGCGCAAGAGCAAACUAGUCAUACUUGACGAAGCAACAAGCAGUCUAGAUGUAGAGAAUGAUACCUUGAUCCGAGAGGUUCUGCGCUCAGAGUUUGUGGGUUGCACUGUUAUUUCCAUUGCACAUAGGACAACGACUAUUCUGGAUGCAGAUAUGGUGAUCAUGAUGGAUGCGGGACGCGUCUCUGCUGUUGGCAAGCCGGACGAACUGACUAUCUCCAACGACCGCUUCAGACAGCUCUGCGGUAUAUCU